CAUGCAAAUACAAGCUGAGCUGCCAUGGAGGCUUCCCUGGUACAAGCCCUCGGCACUGCCUCGGCACACUUAGGGGCCACUGCCCCGGCCGGAUCUCUGUUCUGUUAACUCUUUGCUGCUUGGACCCGGGCACCAUGCCCGGCCGCCGGCUCCGGCACAUGAUAAAGUUGAGCCAAAGCCCAAGUUCUUUAUGGUCUUACAUGUAGUCUGAGACUUGAGGAAAAGUCGUGAAACAAUAUGGCGGCGCACAGCGGCAAGAUGGAAGCAUUGCUCUGCUGGGUGAACAGCCUGAAGGUGGGGGAACCAAUCGAGAGAUUUUCACAGCUGCAGGAUCUGGGCAUUCUGCUGAAAGUUGUCGGCAUAUUAUCAGGGAACUCCGAGGAAACGGCCCUUGUCCUACAGCAGAUCCCGGAGGAGCGGCUGAACUUCCUCUGUGCCUUCUUACAAAGGUAUUGCCGGCCGGGCUCCUCAGCUGAAAACUUGGUGCAAUGGCAGAAGAUUCUGCAGGGGGAGAACCUGGAAGUGGAACUUUCCAAGGCAAUCGUCCUUCUCUUCUAUUACUCAACUAUGAGCUCCAAAAACCCGAAGAAAUCUGAGGAUUUUGAUCAUAAAACUCAGACAGAGCUGGCCUCCAUCUUGCGCUUUGUACUGGAUAAUGAAGAUGCUCUCUGUCUGGACGACAAACUUAUCAACUUCCUGCAGCGGAAAGCGCGUUUUCCCUCCUUGGGAGAUGAUACGUCCAGUUGCUCCGACGCCGCGUCUCCUAAUGUGUCCCACAGGCGGAAGAGCGAAGUGCGCUUUCUGGAGCUGCAUCGUGUUGCUUCCUCAUCUACUAUGAAAAGUUUGUCAGCGGACCCCCCAUCUUCCCCAAUGAUCGAGGUGCUGCACACCCCUCAGUUCCAGAUGAGGCGCCUGAAGAAGCAACUGAGUGAAGUGCGGGACUGUAGAGAUGAACUGGAGGUGGAACUGGCAGAGAACCGCAAACACCUGGCAGAGAAAGAGGCUCAGAUCUCCCUCCUGCAGCAGCAGAUUGAACACCUUCGGAUCUUAAGGGAGAACCAGGCUGAGCUACAGGAACCCAAAGAGCUGGAGGAACUUCGGGAGAAGAAUGAGAGCCUGAUGAUCAGACUUCGGGACACCCUCAAGCAGUGUCAGGAUAUGAAGACUGACAAGAAACAACUGGAACGCAAGAACGAUCAAUUGGCCGAGGAGAAUGGCGAGCUCUCUUACAAGGUGCGAGACUUAUCCAACCGCUUGGCACAACUGCAGGAGGCUCUCUAUGAAACCACAGAGGAACACGAGCUUUCUCUGAGCAACUGGGAGCAGAAACAGAGCCAGUUAGAGAGUGAGCUGAGUGGUGCAGUCGGUGAAAAGAAGUAUCUGGAAGAGCAUCACUUAAUACUGCAGGGAAAAAUAUCAAUGCUUGAGGAUCAGCUAAAGAAGAUGGGGGAGAGAGAGGUGGAAGAAAAAGGAGAUUGUAUGGGUGACAUCCUCAAGCUGGAAGACUUGAAGCAAGAGGUAACUGCGCUCAGCACCCAGUGCCUCAGUCUAACAGAACAGAUCCAUCAGUUGGAAGAGGAAAAGAGCACUACAGAAAUUGACAUGGAGGCACAGAGGUCCAGAUUUGAAUCUGAGAAAAGUCAGCUGCAGGAGAUAGUCACUAACCUGCAGACUUCAUUGUCAGAAAUAACAUUUCAGAAGGAGAGGCAAGAUAACGAGGCCAGGGCACAACAGGAACAUCUGACAUGCCAGAUUACAACAUUAAAACUGGAGAUCUCCAAGCUGAAGUCUUCCCUGGUGCAUAAGGAGGAAGAGCUGAAGGGCAUUCACCAUCAAGUGGAAGAAGAGAAGAGAGAAAAAAAUCAGCUCUUGGAAAACUUCAAAAUACUGGAAGAAUCCUCAAAGCAGAACAUUCAGGAGCUUGUAAACCAAGUGGAGCAAAUUAGUAGCUCUUUGAAGGUUUCCGAGGGCAAUCUGGUUGGACUUACACAACAGCUAGAGAGCAAGGCGAAAGAAGUUGACUAUUUAAGAGAAGAACAGCAGAAAGUUGCCUGUGAGAGAGAUUCCACUCUUUCCACAUUCAAUGAGUACAAGUGCAAAAAGGAUGAAGAGUUCAGUGUCUUAAACAUGACCAUGAAAACACUGGAACAAGAUCAUCAAGCUAGUCUUUCUGUUAUAGAGGAGCUGAAAAGGGAAAAGGCAGAGCUGGCAUCCAAGCUACAGGAACUGGAUGCCACCAUUCUAGAUCUGCUUGCUAAAUGCCAGAACUUGGAUAGUGAAAAUGCUUCACAGAGCAAAUCUCAUGCAGCCGCUGUGGAGUCUCUAAAGGCACAGCUUUCAGAGCAGGAGAGUCAACUGAAAAUAUAUCAGAAGAAGGUGUCCUCCUGUGAAUUGGUGUCCGAAGAAAACUCGCAACUUAAAGAACAGCUCCUGUCUAUGGACGAAAGUCUGAGACAUCUUAGGGAACAUCUAGAGAAAGAGAAAAUGAAAUUUGCUGCUUCUCUUGAUAGCGACGGUAAAAGAAUUUCCCACCUUGAAGAGGAGAUGAAGAAGUUGAGUGAAAGCAGAGAUGCAGCACUGAGUAACCUUGCUGAAGAAAGGGCCGCUGGACAGAAGAUUGAAUCUCAGCUGAAGCACUUACAGGAGGAGUACCAUACAGCAAAUGAAACCCUGCAGGCAAAAAUGGCAGAAUCCAGCGCUGCUAUCAAACAGCGUGAAGCAGAAAGGGACGAGUUGUCUAAGGUGGUUGACAUCUGGAAGGCCAAAUAUGAAGAGUCUCAGCAGAAGAUAGUGCAGAACUCCUGCCAGAUGGAGGAACAAAUUCAACAUCUGAAGAAGGCUCAUACUGAUGUUUGCCAGCAACUGGAGGGAGAGAAGAGUAAAGUUUUGAUGUUGGAAGCCAAGAUAAAGGAAACAAACUCUUCUCAACUGGAGCAGAUAAAUCGGUUGGAGUGUGAACUGUCUGAAGCCUACUCUCGUAUCAAAGAGAGAGAAGCUGAGGAAAAGAAGCUACUCUCUGCUCUCCACUCUUCAGAGGAGAAAUUUCAGAUUGCUCAUCAAGGGGAAAGUGAGCGUCUUUCCCAUCUGGAAACAGCCUUAAGCAAUGCAAAGUCAGAACUGGAUUGUCUAGUCAGAGAGGUGUCUGAUGAGAAGCAUAAGAAAGAAGAACUUGAAGCCUUGGUGAAAGAGUUAAAAGAGCAAAAAUCUGAAAGAAUUCAGUCCCUGGAAUCUGAGGUGAAAACCAGUUUAGCUGCUGUUAAAGAGCGAGAAAGUGAAACUGCAAAGCUUUCUGAAGAGGUGAAGGAUCUGAACAGGCAGCUAGAGGAGAUCGGUCAGAAGCAUAAGGAAGAGCUGGCUCAGAAAAAUACUGAAAUUGAGCAGUUGAUUGAGGCCAAAGAAAAAGCUGCGUUGGACUUGGCUAGUAAAACAGAGAUGGGGGCUCAGCUGCAGAAAUUGUUGGAUACGCACAAAGGUGAGCUCAGUGCCUUGCAGAAUGAGCUUUCCCGUUCCCUUGAUCUCAUCUCUCAGAAGGAAAGUGAAGUAGAAAGACUUCAUAAAGAGGCUGCCGUAACACAAGAGGAGAUACGGAAGCAGCAACAGACUAUGGGAAAGCUCACAGAAGAGCUAACUGCUUUGGUUGCACUUAAAGAACAGGCGGCCCUGCAGGAAAAAGAGAUUGCACAGCAUGUCCGGGCCACUAAGGGUGCUGAAGCAGAGAUGGCUAACCUAAAAGCUAUCAUUUCUGAAAAAACUAAAAAUAUUGAAUCCUUGGAACACGACAUCAAGAACCAGAAGGGAGACCUUGCUUGCAUUCAAGAGCAGUAUCGGAGCAAGCAGGAGGAGGCCCGAGGUCUUCAGGGCCAAAUAGUAGAUCUGGAAAGAGAGUGCAAAGAGCAGAAGGAACUGAUUUGUCAGGCCCAGAAACAGGCUGCUGAGGCAGAAACACUGGCCUCCGAAAAGGUUUCAACGUCGGAGAGACAGCUAGAAGGAAUCCAAGCGCUCGAAGGUGAAAUCCAUAAAGAGAGGCAAAAGACGUGUGACCUGCUGAAGCAGCUGGAGGCUUCUCAGGCCGCGCAGGCAGAUAAGGAAACUGAGCUACAAGCACUGAAGAAAGAGUUGUUUCAUAAGGUUCAAGAACUGGAGCAAAGUCAGAAAUCUUCUACUGAGUCAAGUCGAGAGCUCUCCUCUAUGCUUUCUGCGGCUCAGGAGAGGCAGCGAGCCUUAACAGAGGCCAAACAACAAGCAGAACAGUACCAGAAGGAAAUUGAAAUGAAGAGUAAAGAGGUGGGCAGCCUGCAUGCAGAAGUGAAGAGCUUGAGUUCUAAGGUGGAGGUGUCUGCGGAGUUUGAACAGCGGCUAUUGAAGGAAACUAAUAGAAGCACAAAGCUAGAAGAGAAGCUGAAAAAGCUCCAUGGUGAUGUAGAGGCCUCCUCUAAGGAGCUACUUGAAAAGAAUCGCGCUAUGGAUAGUUUAAAGACGGAAGCCCAAACCUGCAGACAAGAAGCAGACAAGCAAAGAAUGGCAGUUGAGGGCCUCCAGCAGUCGCUCUCCUCCCAGGCAGAAACAAACGAUCGCUUGCAGCAGGAAAUUCGCUCCUGGCAGGGAAACUGUGCUGAGAAGGAACAGCAAAUCUCUUCUCUCCAACAGAAUCUCAGCAGCAACCAAAGCCUCCUGGAGGAAUUUGCAUCCCUAAAACGCAGUUACCAGGAAAUCAUUGCAGAACGGGAAGUGAUGCAAGAGAAGCACCAGGAGGAACUUCUGGGCCAGAAAAAGCUAACUGAGCGUUUCCAGGCAGAACUGCAAAAGACUAAGGAGGACAUGGCCGAAAUGGUUCUACUCAAGGAGAAAGUUCACAACCAAGAGCUUCGGUUACAGAAACUGCACUCCGAGAACGACGAUCACUUGUCCCAAAUAGCCCAUCUUCAGCAGCUCAACAGCCGGCUCGUUGGGGAGAACCAAAGCUUGUCUCAAGCUUCUGACCAGGGUGCCAAGAAACUGGAGAGCGAGGUGUCCAACCUCAAGGAGCAGCACGAGGAACAGCUGAAGUCUCUCCGCCUGCAGCACGAGAAGACUCUGAGAGAAGGCAACGAGCGAGUACAAGAUCUCAGCCAGAAACUGGAAACUGCAACCGGCAAAUACGAGCACGUGAAAACGAGGGUUGUGGAUGAUUGGAAAGCGUUCCAGGAGGAAAAGCAGAGGCUCCUUCUUCAGGUGCAAGAGCUGGAGGCGGCAAAGAAAGAGCAAAGUGAGCAGGUGCAGGAGCUGAACAAGCAGCUGAGCCAGCAGGAGAAGGCCUUACGGAGCCAGCAGCACAAGCUGAAGCAGCAGGAAGGUGAGACUCAUGAGGAGGCUGAGAAGGCUCAGAAGCGAGUGGUGGAGUUGGAGUCCCAGGUGGAACAGCAGACUCAGGCCGUGGAACAUUACAAAGCUCAGAUGGAGAAAGCCAAGCUGUAUUACGAUGCCAAGAAGAAGCAGAACCAGGAGCUAAGCGAGGAGCUGCAAAGCCACAUUAGAGAGCAGGAACAUCUGCGCAAGGAGAACGUAGAUCUAAAGGCAGAGUCUGAGCAGCUCAGUAAGGAGCUACAGCAUUCGCUGCUACAGAACAAAGAGGCAGAGCAAAACUGCAAGAACCUGUCCAAUCGGGUUAGGAGUCUGGAGGCCCAGGUGGAGUAUGCCGACCGGCAGCUGCGAGACCUGGGGAAGUUCCAGUUGGCCACGGAUUCCAUGAAGAGUCGGGAAACUUUCGGAGCCCCCCGUGUAACACGGAGCCAUGCAGAUGUCAGUAUAGACAGCCUGGACUUGAGCUUUGAGGAUGACCAGCUUUUGAACUCAACAAGUAAGAAUGGCCGCUGCAACGAGGAACCUGCCACAUCGUCAGUACAUGCCAGCAGCAUGGAGUCUCCUACCACAGGCCAACUGCCCAAAAAGGUGGAGUCUCUGGAAAGCCUCUACUUCACACCUAUUCCAACCCGGGCACAGUCCAAACUGGAAAGUAGCCUUGGUUCCAUUGGGGACCUGUCCCUAGACUCCAGCAAGAAAACGCGGUCUGCAAGGAGACGCACCACCCAGAUCAUUAACAUCACAAUGACCAAGAAGACAAAGGAGGAACCGGAAGCAGAGAGUGCCAACACGUCAUUCUACAGCCUGCGCUCCGCUCCGUCCUAUCAGAGUCUCCACCAGCAGAAGCCCCGGAGGCCUGGGCGUCCUCAGGCAGCGGUUUCUGCCCCAGCCCUGGCCAGCCUCCCAUCCCAGGAAUCCCUGGCCAAGACAGAACAGUUCUCUGAUGACAGCUUUAAUAACUCCGUAUUGAUGAAUUUACCUGGUUACCGACCCCCCACGCGUAGAUCUGCAAGGCUUUCACAAACUGGAGGCCGAAGCAGUUUCUACAUGAGCACGUGCCAGGAUGAGCCAGACCCACAGGAAGACUGGAACCGGAUCGCUGAGUUGCAGGCCCGGAACAAGGCCUGCCCACCCCACCUCAAGACUUCCUACCCACUGGAGUCCAGGCCGUCACUCUUAAGCUCCACCAUUACCGAUGAAGAGGUCAAGUUGGGAGACCCUAAAGAGACGCUCAGGAGAGCCACCAUGCUGCCCUCCCAGAUACAAGAGUCCACAGGCAGUACCCGCAGAAUGAGCUUGGCUGCCUCUGAACAUAUGAGGGGACCCAGCAUCAGCACCAGGCAGCAGAUGAAGCGCGUGUCCGAGGAGUCUCACCUUGGCCCAGACACCCCAGAAGCCAAGAAGUCUGCCACUUGCUUUCCUCGGCCCAUGACCCCAAAGGAUAAACACGACGCACGCAGAUUGUCCACUGUGGAAAGCAAAGGAAACUCCAGCCAUCAGCAGGCGCAGCCCACUCGCCGUCAGUCUACAGCAUUUAGCAUUUUCAACACCCCCAGAAAGCUGGGCAACAGCCUCCUGAAGAGAGGCCUCAACAAGAAAACGACUCCCAAAAAUAGCCCCCGGGGGCGGGGGGCAAGUGGCAGCGCCGGCAGCACUUCAGGCAAAUCCCCGCACCGCUCUCUCCGGAAGUCACCCAGCAGGCGGUCUCCGAGGGCCUCCACUGCAAAGUCCCCCAAAGCUUCAACCAAGGUGGGGCAGGAGCUGCAGAUACAGUUUUUCGAGCGCAAGCAUCAGAGGAACAAGUAGAGGGAAGAGCUGACACUCGCCUACAGACUGCCUUUGUAUCUGUCCCAUGGGCCCACGGCCCCUGCAUUUAACCCACGGACUGCCAGAAGGAUUGGCCAAUCUCACAAGGUGGGGCGGCGUCGGACAGCCGGGAUUGGAACAUACCCGUGACAAGUCAUGCCUUUUACAGCUUUCGGCCUCCACUUCCCACAUUUGAUUUUUUUUAUCAUUAAGCAAAAUUGUUCCCAGGCUUGAAGGCUGCGCACACACCUACCCACCUACCUACCCACCUACCUACCAUGGGGGCGGCUGCAGCGACUGCCCUGAGAAGAGCUGAAUCCCAAGCGGAACAUCGUGGCUUUGUAUGGGGGGAUGGGACGGGCUGUACUGCUUGCAGAUGGGGGGUCCAUGCAUGGCUUGCCUGGCGUGUGCGUAGCUAGCCCGCGGGGUAGUUGUUGCCCAGAUGGGUGAGCAAAUUCCUUUAGUGCCUUAUUGCUGUGGCUCUGUAAUGUGGCCAUUUUAUUUAUUAGGAGCAUACGCACCCCCCCACACAUUGUAGCUAGCCAUUGGCUGCCGGCAUGCCUUACCGAACCGACCCCGGGGCCCCACUCCUCUCCUACUCGGGAGACCCCGUAGCUUUCCCAUCAUUCUCUAUUGGCUGGCUGAGGGAUGUGAGAGUUGUAGUUUUACAAGACUGUCUGAAGUUUGUCCUAAAUUAUUUAUCCCCUUUCCCAUAAAUCUAUCAUUAACCAAUCAAAUCCAACCCCUCCCCUUUUGAUUCAGUUCUUCCCAUUAUGACUCCUUACUGUGGCCAGAACCGGUCCCACUGAGCGAGUCCAGUCAGUAGCCGACCAGCUGCCCACCUAGCCCAGGGCUGCCCGGCUGGAGGCUCUGGGGCAGGGGGGUUUGUAUGGCCCCCAGCCUGCUCAUAGGCACCAUAGAGUAAUGUGGCCCAUACUGUAGGAGAAAUAAUUGGCCCCCUACAUGUAAUAAGUUGUCCGACACUGUCUAACCUACUCUGCCAUCUCUGCCCCACUAGCCCAGAGUUAUUAGCCCCUCUGGCCCCCUUGCUCUCAGUGGCAGCUGUAGGUGCCGGUUCCCUUCAGUACUCGCUGGGUGGUUCUGUGCGUCGGUACAAUGGAGACUGCUCAUUCGCUCGUAUCUGUGGUGCUGCGCCGCCCUGCUGGGCCAGUCUGUGUAGCACAACGUAGCUUUAUAUACACACACAAGCAAUGGGAGCCUCCCUAAAGCAAUAUGGGGGCCCAUUGCUUUGCCCCAUAGCAAUUCCCAAGCCCCUGUGCGUUCAACCCCUCUCGUGUCCCCUCCCAGCCCAUUCAGCUUUUUAUUUCUUUUUUUUCUAUGAAUGUUUGAGUUUUAACCCCUUAGCCUCCUUGUUUAUGUUCCGACGGGUGGGCUGCUACCCCGAUGCCAUGGUCUUGCUGUGUGAUUAUUUUAUAGAAAUAGCUGUAAAUACGCUCUACAUACUGUGCUCUGCUCCUGGGAUGCCACAGGUUAAUAACAUAUCACUUCUGUGUCAUAUACUUGUAUUGGGCCCCAGGGGAGUGGCUGCUGGGGGGGUGCUGCUGCUCCGCCCAUUCUGUUCAUCCAAUAGCAGUUUCCCCACCCCAGUAAUUAGAAUAUGCUAAUUUAGCAGUAGCUCAAUUGGAUUGUGGCCGGGGGGGGGGGGGGGCAUUUUGUUGCACUUGUGUCCUGGCUGCCCCCCCCCCCAUGUCCCACUGCCCAAUUUGGUUGGUUGGCAGGUGCCUUUGGCCAGUGAUUCCGUCCCUGUGUGUGUGGUAGGGGGGCCGGGGCACAUCCCACCGGGGGGGCAUGUUACUUGGGUGACUCCCACGGUGCCACGCUUAUAUACGCAGCGCCAAUAGCUCCGUCCUUGUGUAACUGGCAUGGCUUGUAACUGGCUCAUCCCAUUCGCUGUGCCUUCUCUUCUGCUUUGUAAAUAAAGUUCUCUCACUUGUA